UUGAAUUAGAAUCAAACAUUUUUAAAAAUGCUGCCCAAACGAACCUUAUACAUCUUUAAGAAAAGAAAAGCACACUUGUCAUAUGAGUUCACAAAGGUAAUUAAUAGUGUUUGUAUUUGUUCGUUCAUGCAGUAACCACAACAGAAACUACCAUAGCCACACCAGGUAAUAUAGCUCUGACUGAAAGAAUCAUCAUACAGCUAUGAAACGCUUUUAUUUUCAAUUUUUCUUUUGCAGUCUACAGAAGACUGUAGUCAUUUUAUGCUCUUUUUCUUUAACAGAAAUGACUAUAACAGCAGCAGCAGCAGAAACUACCACCAGCAAGGAAACCAGCACAACAGCCAUUGCAGCAACGACUCCAUGGACGGCACCGGCGAUAUUUUAUCCAUUCGGUGCAGAGGCAGGAGACCCAGUAAUUCUUGAUGGUGGUGAUACCUCCUACUUUGUUGCCUUCUCCACUCCCUUUACCUACUUUGGCCGCUCCUACAACAGCAUUUAUGUUAAUAAUAACGGACUCCUUACAUUCAACCAAGCUUUACCAGAAGCUCAUCCUUACCCUUUUCCCACAUAUGGAGCAGAAGAUUACAUCGCUGCGCUCUGGACUGAGCUGGAUGAUCUUGGUAUAGGUAGAUACUCGUAUCAGGAGUACACCAGUGGAAGGGUCUUAACUCGUGCCACUCAGGAUAUAAACCAGUACUUCCCUGGAAGGGGCUUCACGGCUUCUUGGGUCUUUGUUGCAACUUGGGACUAUGCGCUAACUUGGGAUUUGAACGUAUUUAAUCAACACUCAGGCCCGGCAAUCACGGUUCAAGCGGUUUUAAUUUCAGGUCACGGCUUUUCUUUCAUUCUGCUGCAUUACGGCGACUGUGCUGGGAUACCAUACCCAGUGGAGGCUGGAUACGACACAAUAGGCUCCACUGACUACUACGUAAUUCAUUACGAUCAAAAUAGUGGCUACACCCUAAACCUUAAGACCACGACUAACGUAGGCGUUCCUGGUCGUUGGGCCUUUCUUGUGAACAAUGGCACAGGAACCGUCAUAGGACUUCAAAUAAAACUUCAGUCAUUUUCAGAUCUAACACAGAGCGAAAACUUUGAGGUCGUUUUGCAUCAAAUAAAACAAGAGCUGGUCAGUCGCGGACUGCCAAGUAGCGUCGAGAUGGAGUUAAGGAGAGUCAAGAAGACGCAAACGUAACAUCAGCAUCGUGGAAUGGAACUUAUAUGCUUCAUUACUGCUGCCCUUUUAUUGCCGGGAGAGAAACGUUUAUUUUUUUCACCCUUUAGUUUUCUUACAUAUGUAACUCAAUGUACAAAACAUAAUUACAGUUGAAGUUUGUUUCAGCGGUUGCUGCUGUAUGUUAAAUACAUUGAUACAUUUUUAUGAUCAUUGCAUUUGUUAUGAGAUCUCUUUAUCAGUUGCAAGUCUAGUCAAACCGAUCUGUCGUAUGUGAACAAUGGAAAUAAACAUAUUCUUCCUUGCUGGAAGAAUAGCUUACAUAAGAUCACAAGUACUUGACCCUACUACGAACUGCUUUCACUUCUAAACACCUCAAAUAAUCCCUUGAAAUAAUUCUAAAAUACACAUGUGCGUUUUUUGUAUCUUUGUAUACCUCUUAAAAAUCAAUGAGACGUGACACCACAUAAUCUAAUCAACAUUGUCAUCAUAAUAUCACAAACUGUCUCUGAAGUGGACCGAAAUAAUGAAUAAACAAUAGGUUUACAACACUA